AUGGCGUCGACACAGCAGACAGUCCUCAUCACGGGGUGCAGCGAAGGCGGCAUCGGCGAUGCGCUCUGCCUCGAGUUCCACCGCCGUGGUCUUCGUGUCUUUGCAACAGCCCGCAACCUCAACAAGAUCCAGCAUCUCGCGGACAUGGGGAUUGAGACCAUUGCCCUUGAUGUCGUCGACAGCAGCUCGAUUGAUGCCGCCGUACAGACGGUCACUAAGCUCACCGGCGGCACCCUCGACUACCUGGUCAACAACUCAGGUAUCGGCUACCAGAUGCCGCUCCUCGACGUGGACAUGGAAACAGCCCGCAAGCUCUUUGACGUCAACUUGUGGGGUGUGUUGGCCGUCAGCCAGCGCUUCGUCCCGCUGCUCGCCGCCUGUGCCGAUCGUGGUGGCAAGCCUCGCAUCCUCAACAUUGGCUCCGUGGUGAGCCGCGCCAAUGUCCCGUGGCAGGGCAUCUACAACGCCAGCAAGGCGGCGCUGUCCAUGCUCAACGACACGCUCCGCGUCGAGCUGCUGCCCUUCAACAUUGGCGUCCUUCACGUCGUCACGGGCGGCAUCAAGACCAAGUUCUACGCCAACGCCGAGGGCUGCAAGCUACCCUCCGACAGCAUGUACGCCCCGGUUCGUGAGGUCAUGGAGUCCGGCGUGACGGGCAAGCACGCGAGCUCCAUGCAGGACUACACGGCGGAGAAGUACGCGCGCGAGGUCGUCAGCAACACGAUGAGCUGGUGGCCGCGCAAGAACAUCUGGCUCGGGAGCAGCGCGGCCAUAACCUGGGCGGGUUACACCCUGCUCUCGGCAACGUGGACCGACUGGCUCAUAGGACAUCGCAACCACCAAUACACGACUGGAUACAGACGACUUUCACCUUUCAACCUCUGGGUUCGACUUUCUCGGGAAGGCUUUUCUUUGUCUCUCUAACUUCUGCGACACGGCGCCGGAGGGUUGUGAUCCUGUUCUGCUCAUUUGCACCAUGAUACCACAUGUAGUAAUCAUACAUCUGCUUUGCACGGCUAAACCUAUCGAUCCUCGCCGUGCUCGUAGCAUCGACAAGCAGGAUGCAGAUCCAUCCGCUUGUACAAUCUCAUUGCUGGGCAAAUAAACAGUCUGAGGGGGUUCUUAUUCUAAAAACCAACGUGAUAGUACACUACUCAUACACGGUAGUAACCGUGACCAAUCCACGGGACGGUCAUCUUAUCUCCCCGGCUCUGCUCCUCCAUGCUGAUGAUGAUACCCGCCUGCCCGCUCUUGGCCGCUGCUGCCCGAUGGCGGCGACGGCGAGAGGAAGCGGGACUGAUACCAGCGCCACCCGGCCUGGACCCAGAACACGGUCUCGAUGGUGCCGAGGAUGCCCACGAUGAGGAGCACCGCCAGGCGCGUGGUGCGGGUCAGGCCGAGGUC